GUUAUAGUGGAUCUGUACGCUUAUCUUAUUCAACUUGUCGUGCAAAAUCUGUUGGCGACAAUUACGUGUGCGCCCAUGUCAGCAAGGGCAUCUCCUCGCACGCCCUAGAAGAAAACAGAUUGCGCCACCCAUCAAUUCAAUGUUCUCGAACGCAUCAUUCACACUCUAAUCCUCCCAACCAAUCCUCCCAACCAAUCCUCCUACGUCGUAGACCCCAAAACAGAGCAAAAGAAAGACUCCAAUUAACAAAUCCCCAAAACCAAAACCAUUAUUCAUUUCGCUUUGUUCCAUUUCUUGGGUCCAAAACCAUCAGGAUUCAAUGGGUCUGUUGGAUCUGGAGAAGCACUUCGCGUUCUACGGCGCGUACCACAACAACGCCUUCAACGUGGCCAUCCACAUGCUCUUCGUGUGGCCCAUCCUCUUCACGGGCCAAAUGAUCCUCUAUUUCACCCCACCCCUCUUAACCUUAGGGUUCCUUCCCUCAGUAUUGCUUCUCAACUGGGGCUUCUUCUCCACCCUCUUCUAUGCCCUCUUCUACGUCGCCUUGGAUUACAAGGCCGGUUCCCUCGCCGCGUUCCUCACCUUCUUCUGCUGGGUCGCUUCCAGCUUCGUCUCCAGUUCCCUCGGCUUUUCACUCGCCUGGAAGGUUGUGUUGGCUGCUCAGUUGUUUUGUUGGACUGGACAGUUUAUUGGUCAUGGCGUGUUUGAGAAACGUGCACCAGCUCUAUUGGACAACCUUGCCCAAGCUUUUCUGAUGGCUCCUUUCUUCGUGUUGCUAGAGGUCCUCCAAUUUGUUGGAUAUGAACCAUAUCCAGGAUUCAAGACAAGGGUUAAGGCAAGGAUAGAUGCUGAUAUCAAACAAUGGCAGGCCAAGAAACAAAAGAAACAUUCUUAGCUUGAACAUGUUAGUUAAAAAUGUGGUGUUAUAUAUAGAUCACUUCAAAAGAAACAAAAGGAAAAACGACUUGUAUUAUACAGAUACACUCUUAAAACUAUUGGUUAUAGUCAAAGGGUCUGAUGUGAAUGAAUCUCAUUGAUGUGUUAUAGAGAAAAUAUUGCUUGGAGUUCAUGAACCCUUUAUUUUCUUACUAGUACUCUUCAGUUAUUGUUCC